GUGUUGUAUGUAUUGUAUGAACAUGCUUCGGGUUAUGCUGUCUUUAAAGUUGUUAGCCAAGAAGAGAUCGGUGUUCUGUUACCUGAAGUGCAAGAAGCUGUCACUGAUCUUUCUCGAUUCGGAAAGUUAGUGAAACUAGCAGCAUUUUCGCCGUUUAAGUCGGGAGCCAAUGCUUUGGACAACAUCAACUGCAUAUCAGAAGGUUUGUUGUCUUCAUAGUUGGAAAGGGAUUCAGUGGAAAACGCAGACUGCGGCUAUAAUUGUAUGCAAAUGAGUACUUGACAACAUGGUCGUAUUGUUUUCUAACCUUAGAAACCUUAGUCCGCAGUCAGUCCGCAGUCUUCAUUUUACACUGCCCCGUUGGAAAGGUUAUAGUUGCUGAAAUUCGAAUGAUCAAAAUGCAAAUCAUUGUGUUGAAAUUUGCACUGUUUGAUCUACAUUUUUAUGAUCAAUUUGUUAAUUAACGCGAACCAAUCGCCUAUUACUUGAAUUAUGCACUCGCUUGGUCGUCCUUUAUUCUAGGUAGAAAGCUAUAGUAAGUAAAGCUGGCCACUUAUAUACAGGGCUAUCAACCCCCUACUUCUUCGAAUAUAAGGCUGAUUUAGCAACAGAACGGGAACGUCAGCUGACGACGGUGCAUGCAAAUCACACAACUGGCUUGAACAAUGGCAGAGUGACAAAUUGGGCACCUGAAGGCAAGUUUAGUCCUGUCCACGCACUUUCCUGUUGUCAAAUGAUGUCCCCAUUCUGUUGCUAAAUCAGCUUAUUGAGAAUUGUUGGGAAGGGAUGAUAGAUGAUGUCACAACGCAUGGCACAUGAUGUCAUUUGUGCAAAAAAUACUCAUUGGUUCUCUCCGCACAGGCCAAAACAUUUGACCUGAUUGGGUUACUUCCCACCAAUCACGUUAUUAUGUGACAAUGGCAUACCGGCCGGUUUAUGAGGAAACGUGUGAUGUUAACAUUAAAAUAGCUCAAACAACGCAAAGUAUUUGAAUUUUAUUGUCAGAAAGUCAAGGCUACUGAAGAAAGGGUAAUCUUUGGCAAUUAUCCAGGAGAUACAGUUCAAAAACUGGAGUCUCCCAGAUUAUCCUGGGGAGUGGACGGCACUGUAUAUACCCCCUCUUGGAUGCAUUGUAACAAAAGUUUUGUGAAAAAUUGCCCAGACUGUAACAUACACUGUUCAAAGUGAUUUUGUCUUGCACUGUUUUCAUUACAGCUGACAUUUAAUGAAUCAAGAUGCACUGAUUGUUGCAUCAAUAUGGGGACCAAUAAGGGAGUUGUGGAAGGCUUACAUGUGCAAAUAUCACCUGCUUCUGUGGGCUAUAUUGAUGGUUAUUUUCUGGCACAAUACAUCACAAGUCAUUUGAUUGUUAAUUUUUAUUGUUAUUUAAUUCCUAUCAAUUAGGUAUCAUUCACGAUGAUCUCAAGACGUUUCUGGAGGCAAAUGUACCAACUGGCAAGAAGAAAAGCAAAGUUCUUCUUGGAGUGGGUGACUCGAAACUUGGUGCAGCCAUUCAGGAAACAGUUGACAUCCACUGUGAAUCUGGUGGACUGGUACUUGAAGUUCUCAGAGGGAUACGCUUUCAUUUUGAGAAGAUGAUCAAGGGAUUAACUGGGCCAAUGGCAGCCAAAGCUCAGCUGGGCCUGGGGCACAGUUAUUCCAGGGCAAAAGUGAAGUUUAAUGUUCAUCGCGUCGACAACAUGAUCAUUCAGUCUAUCAGCUUGCUGGAUCAGCUUGACAAGGACAUUAACACUUUUUCCAUGAGAAUAAGGUAUAUUCAGUACCUCUUUUUGUUUUGAGUUUGUCUUUUAUGGUUAAACUGUUCAGCUUAUCAUGUGGAGCAAAUUAUGCAGGUACAUCUUUCAGCAGAGGCACUCAGUGGAUUUGUGCUCUAUGACCAAAUAAGUGUGCACCUCCGUUUUUGUAAAUGUAUAUAAUAUUCAUUUUACAAAAAUACACACACCCGUAGUUAGCAAGAGCUACUUGAUGAUGUGGUGGCAAGCAGUGGCUACACAAAAUAUUUAUGUAAAUAAGAGAAUAUUAAAUACUUUUAAGGACCAAAGGGAAAAAAUAAUUUAAGUAUGUAAUACAUUAAUGUACAACCAACAUUAUGACACUGUGAAGGGCAAACAUAAAAAGCUGAGGUUUCAUGGUUUUUUCUCUGUUAAAUCAGGGACAUCAAUAACAAUUUAUUUUCUUGUGAAAGUCUGUGAAGUAAAAUUUGGUGGAUAUUAGUUUCAACAUUGUACAGUAUUUGGACAGUGGAAGCAUUUAAUUUGGGCAUGGUUGUUAAUGAAAGCACUUGAAAUAUCAUUGAAAUGUUAAUGUUGAUCUAGUUUUGUUUUCUUAUUUCAUAACAGAGAAUGGUACUCUUACCACUUCCCCGAGCUUGUUAAAAUUGUUUCUGAUAACUACAUGUAUGCAAAGACUGCUCAAUACGUCAAGUCACGUAAGGAUUUCACUGAAGACAUGCUUGAAGGCCUAGAAGAGAUAGUAAUGGAUUCAGCAAAAGCCAAGGCAAUUUAUGAUGCUUCUAAAUCGUCAAUGGGUAAGUCAACUGCUAGUGUGUACGUUGCAUGUUACAGGUUAAAAUUAAAUUCAUGUAAAAAAAACUUUUAACCUAGGUUGAUUAUCAGUCUCCUUUGUCUCCUAGCCCUAAUUAUUCAUGAAUUACAGUAGGACUAGGAGACUAGCUAUGGAAAUCAAGAAUCAACCUAGGUUAAAAAGUUUAACUUGAAUUCAAUUUUAACCUGUAACAUGUACAUGUAAUAGUUUACACAAUCACAGUGGGGUGUUGAUGUCUUCUUAUUCAUGAGGGCUGUUGAUUUCAAUUGUGUGUUACACGUAUCUCAUUUGCAUGAAUAUCCUGGCAUAUCUUAGAACUGUAUCGCCUUAGUGAUUCAAGGCAAAAUUAAAUUUGCAUACAGCUUUCAUUGGUUGGAAGAAUAAUGCAAAUCGAGAGCAAGUGAAUUUGGAACUAAAAAAUAUAUUAAAGCUGUUUUCCUGAACAUUACUUGCCAUGAUGAAUAAUAUUGUUGUAGUAACAAGACUCUUUUCAAAUCCCUGAACUUUUUACUUUGAGCUUUGAAGUCGAUGUAAUGCAGCAUCUAAUGCAGGUCUAUUGUGAGCCAUUCAAUCACUGCUAGUUGUUGUUAACAAAAUGGAAUGUGAGCUGAUUUUUUCAAUAUUUUAUCUUAUUGCUUCUACGUAUUUUCUUUUUGGUUGUUGUUGUUUUUCUUUAAAUAACCUUAUAGGGGAAGCACAAUUACUGGUAACCCAGAAAUUUUUGUUGUGUCCCACAAAUAAGGACAGAAACAAGUCAUUUGAACAUAAACAUAACAAGGUUAAGAAUCCCAACUUACUGGAGACAAACCAGUUGGCUAUUUACAAGCGUGGCCAAGGAUUGCACUUUCAGUGCUCUAACCACUCGGCAACGCUGCCUUCCCUUUUUUUAAACUCUAAUGUUCCUGUCUGUUUCAAGUAGUUUCAGCCCUUUUAUGUGUGUAUACAUUAUAGUUUAAAAAUUACAAAAAGACAAAGGAUGUCACAUGACCUGAAAUGAGGAAACAAAGAGAGUAAAACAUCUGUUAAGAGAAAAUGAGUAUCUACUUACACAGCUGCACUAGUCAAAGAACCUUUUUAAAUAAAUUCAUUCCGGGCGAUAAUUUUUCUGAGUCAUCCAACUUUCCUUUUUCUUGAUGACUGACAAAUUGAUCUUAUUAUCUUUCCCCCCAUAGGAAUGGAUAUCUCACCAAUUGAUUUGAUAAACAUCCAGACCUUUGCAUCACGAGUGAUAGGCCUUGCCGAAUACAGAAAAAGUCUCCAUUCCUAUUUGGUGUCUAAAAUGAAUCAAGUGGCCCCUAACUUGUCCGCUCUCAUUGGAGAACAGGUAUUUACAAUUUUUCUGUCUUCAUCAGUUAACAACUAGCCUGCAUAGCAUGGCAGUUUUGGUUGGGCACACUAAAUAAUAAAGGCAGGCAAGGGUAGAGCAGCCACGAGGAGAUUGGGGUGGAAGCAACUUGAAAAACCAAGUAUUUAUGUUUCUCGUGGAUUCACUGCUUGUUCGUUUUUGCGGCUUCACCACUCAGUCAUGCUCCGGAUGAAAUCGCCAUGCUAACAGGCGUAUUAACAACUGCAACUAGUUUGUUACUUGCGCUCUCUCAUCAGAGAACAUUUUUGUGUUAAGAAUUUUUUGUUAAGUGAACAAAAACUACUGUAACUUCUCUAUUAAACCCCCCUCCCCUCUCAAAUAAGUUUCCUCCCUUUAAUAAGCCCCCCCUCCCCUUCCCUAAUUAUUCUUCACUAAUAAAUGAUAGACUGUAUUAAUCCAUCACCAACUGUAAAGCGUCGUGUGGACUGAUCCGGGAUGGUUUAUUUACCAACGGAAAGCUCGGAUUUGAUUCUGAUCCUCGGCUGCAUGACCUUCAAUCUUCUUGUACCUGAGCUUUUCCACUUUGUAUCCUAGUUCUUUAUGGAGAACUGAUACCAUCAUCUUUUCUGAAUUAAAUAAGCCACCGUCUCUAUUAAGCCUCCCCCCCCCUCCCCCCUCAAAUGGGCUGGAAAUAAAUAAGCCCCCCAGGGGGGAUUAAUGGAGGAUUUACGACAUGAUAACAACCGCAAGAUGAUUUGUUGGUCUCUUUUCUCCGUGACAUGGUUCUGUAUGCCAUAUACAAUGGACGCUUGGCCAAUCAAAACUUGGGCUCCCUACGCUAAUCACCAUGGUAAGAAUAUAUCUGCAUACUUGUGAAUCAGAUACUUGUACAGACUCUCCACCAAAAUGCGGAGCUACUGAUAUCAUUAAGCUCAAUAAUGAUAUUGGUAAUGUUAAUGGAGAGGAUAAUGACUAAUCCAGCAAUGUUCUUUAUGUGUUAGGUUGGAGCACGGCUGAUUUCCCAUGCUGGUAGCUUGACAAACCUGGCAAAAUAUCCUGCUUCAACAGUUCAGAUCUUGGGAGCUGAGAAAGCCCUCUUUAGGUAAGGUUUGCUGAUAACUCGGGGGCACCCAACGAGAAUAUAGCUCAAAACCACUUAAACGUAACAUUGUUGAACGUAUUUUAGUAUUUCAACGGUAGAUAUCUAUAGGCAUAUUUUUAUCGCCUAAAAAUUUUCAUCUGUUCGGAUUUCCUAGCUGAAAGUCUAGUGAUCCGAAAACUAUAGGGAUCAAAACUUACCUUUUCGAAAAUUUCUGCCAGAAAAAAGGUUCCCGAAAAUUCUAGGUGACCUUUUCAGGAUAAAAAUCCGUUAAAAAUGGGCAAUUACACCAUUUUUUAGAUGUUCGAAAAUCCUAAGAGAGGCAGGCAAGCAAGAAAUUUUUCAACAAAUGAUCCGAAAAUUCUAGUUCUCAAAUCGUCUUCCGAACAGAUAUUUUCCGAAAAUUGACGUUGGGUGCCCCUGAUAACUGCUUGGGUCAACAAUGUUUUGAUAAAGGUAGUUUGCGCUCCGGUGUGUAGUGAAGUAAACAUGUUUUACCUUGAAGAUCUAAGUUCCUAACCUGAAACAGAACUGAAUUGCAAAUAUAAUAGAUCUUUAUUUUUCUUGUUAAAUGUCAUGGCUGUGUUGCCGAUUCAGCUCGCAUAGUGAUUCUCGCAACAUCUUGGAAGAUUUAGCAGAGACAACGCGACGACAUUGUCGACGGCACGCGCAGGUCUAUGAUCUGGCUCUACCAGUGGCUGAGUGGCAAAUUGAGCACCGGAAGUCGCGUUUAGGCCUUUCUGCACACUUUCCUGUUCUCGUUUGACGUUGAAAACGCGAGAAACGAUUCGCGAUUGAUAACUAACUUUUGAAUAGAACAUUGUACUUUUUAUGGAUGGAGCAAAACGAUUCGAAAACGUUAGUAAGGAUGCAAGUGAACAUAAGUGGAUGGCUAGAAAAAAGAAACCAGAUUUGCUGCAAAUAACUCUGCAAUUUUCUUGCUCUCUGCAGAGCUCUAAAGAAGAAAGGUAACACUCCAAAGUAUGGCCUUAUAUUCCAUUCAUCGUUUAUUGGCCGCGCUGGUACCAAGAACAAGGGCCGAAUCUCAAGAUACUUAGCAAAUAAGUGCUCUAUCGCCUCCAGGAUCGAUUGCUUCUCAGGUAACGUAUUUAUUGUACCAAGAACUUUGCUAGCAGAUACAUUAAAUGCCGAAAACUGCAGGGCAUAGGUCUUUUCUCUGUAACUUGCGUUAUUAUCAGUUGUACAAUAAACUAGCGUGAGAAAACAGCUGACGUUUCGCAAAGACACCACUUGUUCCCCCGCGAAAUGACAUCAGUGAGGAACGAACGCAGAAAUUCCGUUCUCAGAUCUGAAAUGAAUUUCUUUUUUAAUCGAAAUGAACAGGAGCUUAUGAGAUGAAAUGAUUUGUAAAUAGUGCUUUGACCGAAUAGUUUUUUUUGCUUCAGCGAAAUUAAUUGUAAAUAGGUACUAUUAUAAUAGCAAUAAUAAUAAUAAUAAUUAGCAAUUAUUGGACGAGGUUGAGCAAAAUAUCUUGAUUUGUCAGUGGCGAGCAGAUUAAUUAUUUGCCGAAGCGGAAGGCUGAGGCAAAUAAUUGAUCUGCGAGACACUGACAAAUAACAAUAUUUUGCGAUAACCGAGUUCAGUAACUGUUUUAUCAUUCGAUCACCGAGUUUGUUUUUUUAAUGAAUAUCCUCGGGAAGCGAAGCGAUCUGCCAUUUCCACGCAAGAGCGAUCGCAAGAAGGAGGAAAGCACGGUUCCUUAACGCAUAUGCAGAAUAUUAUUUGCAGCCAAACACUUAAAGCCAAACACAGUUGGACGGCAUUGCGCUUGAGCAGAUCAUUAUUUGUAGGCAGUUAUUUGCAGGUCACGUGGUAGGCUCUCGGCCAAUGAAAAGGAAGAAACAUUUGCAUCGAUUGAUAGUAAUAAUAAUAAUUAUUCUUAUUAUUACUAUUAGAGAUAUAUAUUAUAGCAAUAGAUUUAUAUCUCGUCUAAUGCAUCAGCACCCUAUCCGUAUUAUUAAAAUCAGCGCAUUGACAAUUAUUAUUAAUAUGGCGAAGACUUUCUAAAAAAACUCGUUUCUUUCGCCACUUGGUGCUUUACAGCUCAUCGUUUACGAAACAGUCAAAAUCAAUGAAUUAUCUUUCUUAGUUCCUUUAGAAUCUUCUUAAACGAUUGUGGGCCUUAAAUGAUGAAAGUAUAAUUUAAUUUUACGUGGAUUCAAGUGAAUGUUGGAAUUUGUGAUUUUUCGUCAUUGUACAGAAACGCAGUCGUGUGUAUUCGGCCAGAAGCUGCAUGAACAAGUGGAAGAUAGAUUGAAAUUCUACGAGACUGGAGAGGCUCCACGAAAGAACAUCGAUGUGAUGAAGGAAGCCAUCGCCGAGUUCGAGGAAAAAAGUCAGGAAGCGAGCGAAGACAUGGGCGAAAAGAAGAAAAAGAAGAAGAAAAAAAAGGAGAAAAAAGAAAAAGCUCAAACUGCUGAGGAAGAGCUGGAGAAAGAUACGACAAUGGAGGACUCCGCAGUCGUGGAAAAUGGUCACGAGGAACCAGGGAGCAGCAAGAAGAAGAAGAAGAAAAAGGACAAAGGAGAGAAGAGAAAGGCAGAGGAGGAAACAGAAGAGGUGGAAGCUGAACCGGCCAAGAGUGAAGAAAGCAGUGAACCUGCUAAGAAAAAGAAGAAAAAGAAGAAGAGAACCGAUGAGGAAUAA